GUCGCCUUCCACCCCUCUUCCUCACUCUCCAACAAAGGCCAUAAAUACCCCCCGCCCCCUUCUUGUUUCUCCUCUCGUUCGUUCGCUUUUUGGGUUUGCUUUCUCGCUAGAUUUCUUCGCUUCCAUUAUACUCUCUCCCCUCUUGGAGGCCGAUCGCCUCCGAUAUUGCCUGCCGGCGAUGCGCUGGUGAGGGGAAGGAGCCAUGGGGGACCUGGGAGGAGUGCGCACGGAGGAGACCGUGAAUGGAGGGACGGACGUCUGGAGUGCCUCCGACGCCGCCGCCUCCACCGCAGAUCAUCUCGUGGUCAUGGUUCAUGGAAUUCUUGGGAGCACCGCUGACUGGAAAUUUGCAGCCGAUCAGUUUGUUAGGAUGCUUCCAGAUAAAGUAAUAGUUCAUUGUAGUGAAAGGAACAUGCAUAAGCUCACAUUAGAUGGUGUGGAUAUUAUGGGUGAGCGUUUAGUAGCAGAGGUCCUUGAAGUCAUUGAUAGGAGACCAGAAAUUCGGAAGAUUUCUUUUAUUGCACACUCUGUGGGAGGAUUGGUUGCGAGAUAUGCAAUUGGGAGACUAUACAGGCCUCCAAGAAAGCCUCAAGAAGAUCUUUCAGAUGAUGCUUUUGAUGAUAAUUCAAGAGGUACCAUAGGUGGUCUAGAAGCAAUGAAUUUUAUAACCGUUGCUACACCUCAUCUCGGUUCUAGGGGACACAAACAGGUCCCAUUUCUUUUUGGCGUCAUAGCUAUAGAAAAAGUUGCUUCUCGUGUUAUUCACUGGAUAUUUGGAAGAACUGGAAGACAUCUUUUCCUCACUGACCAUGAUGAUGGAAAACCUCCCCUGUUGCAGCGCAUGGUGGAUGAUUGGGGUGACCUCUACUUUAUGUCUGCCCUGCAAGCAUUUAAACGCCGAGUGGCAUAUUCAAAUGUUGGCUAUGAUCUUAAAGAUAUAGUUGGAUGGAGGACAUCAUCUAUCAGACGCAACUCUGAAUUGCCUAAGUGGGAGGAUUCUUUAAGUCAGAAGUAUCCACAUAUUGUAUACGAAGAACAAUCAAAGGGAGAGUGUGCAAAUGUUUCUCCCAUAGAUGUUGACUGUGAUAUGUUAGAAGAAAAGCUGGUUACAGGCCUCACACGAUUGUCAUGGGAAAGAGUGGAUGUCAGCUUUCACAGCAUCAGACAGAGGUUUGCUGCACACAGUGUCAUCCAGGUCAAGGAUUCCUUCGUUCACUCAGAAGGUGCAGAUGUUAUACAACACAUGAUCGAUCACUUCCUUACCCGAGGUAGCAUAUAAUAGCCUGGAGUUUCUGGGCUGUCGAGGUCCUCGAUUUUUAGAGCUUAGAUAUAUUCAUCCAAUACGGCUGGGUACGUAACAGAAAAACGAUUGAACACAAAUUGUAAAUCCAUUUGUUCCCCCAGGCCAAGAUGUAGAUGCCAUGUUUUCAUGUAAAUCUUCGUAUCCUUUCUAUCGAGCAUAACAUUUUUUUUUCCGGUAUACAACUCAGCCUUGAGAUGUGUUGGGACUCUGCCAAUAAUAUAGUUCUAUGAGCUCAUGCUGGUAUCUUUAACA